GAAAAUUAGUAUGAGCUUUCAUAUUGUAUAAUCAAUCUAGUCCAUCCAAACUUGCUUUUAAUAUAGGAAUAAUGAAAUCCAUCCAAAACUUCAGAAUUGAAAUAUAGUAUAUAUUUAUAAAUCCAAACAGAUUUAACUAAAUUACUGUGAUUGACAGCAUAUAUAGUGCAAAGCCAAUAAUAGUAGUUCAGUUGAAAAGUAGAAGACAAACGGUGGACCACAAUCCAAAAAUGUUUUUCACCAUAAAAAUUCACUUAAAAUUCGGAGUCAUUUUGUUCAUUGGUAUACAAGACUAAAACUAACAUAUGUUUGAGAUUGAGAUUGUGAUUGUGAGAUGAUAAGAAAUAAUCAACUACAUCUACCAGUAUAGUUGUAGCAAGUGAAGGAUAAAUUUGAAUUUAAUUAGUGAAGUAGUAUACCAUUUAAUCUGAAUUUGAAUCUGAAUUUGAAUCUGAAUUUGUUGGUGUAAUUAUGCAAUGGCAGCUCCAACUACGAAGAGCUUCAGCCGGCGCGUUUCCUUCAACGAGGAAACGAUUCUGCCGCCGAAGGAGCGGCGCUGCGAAUACAGCGCCUCCGACAUGGAAAAGCGAGCCUCCGCCGGCCGCGGCUGCCGCUUCUGCGGCCGGAUCUGCACCCCCUGCUACUUCUGCAGAUUCGCCUGCGGCCUAUUACUCCUCUUCCUCGUAAUCAUCCUCUUCACCGGCCUAAUUUACAGCCUCCUAUUCCGAUGGGAAAUGCCGGAGGUGUGGAUCCAGCGGAUCCACGUGGAUCUCGUCGCUGCGAAUCCCACGGAGGAUCUGACCGUCCUCCUCAACGCCACGAACGGCGGGAAGAGGACGCAGCUGAUGUACAGCAAGCUGAUCGCGUCGGUGGAGGCGAGCGGCGUUCGGUUCGGCGUCGUGAGGCUGGCGGAAUUUCAGCAGGCGCCGAGGAAUUCGACGGCGGUGGAGGUGGCGGUGGUGAUGGAGGACCCGGCGGCGGCGAGGCGGGAUCUGUGGAGCAAAUCGGAGGCGCACGCGCUGGUGGUGGAUGUGUACGUGAAAGGGCGGAUCGAUGCGAUCCACAGAGGGAAUAAGAUGCAGGGUUUUAUGUUCCAAAUCGAGUGCCGGAACGUCAAGCAGUCGGAAAUUGACGCCGGCCGUCCAUUCCGCUGCAAAAAUCAGUUGUAUGGAAGCAACCACGGGGAAAAUCAAGUGUCAAGAACUCCAGCAUUUGAGUGCUACGUUGGAACUCAAGUUGAUCCGUUAUGUGUUUAGAGCUUGUUCUUUGACAAGGAUCAACCAUGUCUUAGUUGGUAAGACUUGAAUGUGUUUGUAAAAUGUAAUUCAAGAGAAAAAAUAACUUGCUUAUUGAUCAUA